UGCAUCCUUUUAUCAAUUUCCACACUCUUAUCCGUUAUCAGAGGAAGCACAACUGCACAAGUGACGCCAUAGCAUGGAGAAACAGACCAAACAAUCAUCAAAAAAUGAAGGAACUGAAACGAACUAUGUCUAUUUUCAUGGAUCCUCCUCUUUAUUCUACCAGAUUUUAUACAUUUCUACGUAAUCUUUCCACUUUACACCUUCUACAUUUGGCUGCUCAACUGUAUUUUCUGCUUCAACCGCCUUAACUUCAAAAAGCUUCAAUCUUACUCCUCAAAUGGCUUCCCUAUAUAAACCCAUUGCUGUUCAAAAAUUUCAUAAGUUCUGUAUUUUUUCUUUAUCACCCUUUAAUUUUAAUCGAAUUUCAAAACUACCCAUCUCGAAUUCUUUCCUUUUUGGGUCUAAUUUUAACAUUUUGUUUUCAUCAUCAAAGAAAGAAUCUUUCUCUUGUUGUUCCAUGGCUGUGGAAAUUGAUUCUUCAUCUUCUGUUUCUCAGAGUGGAUUGCAAGGGAGUUUGAACUAUUCUAGAGCAUAUUGGCCUAGCAAGUAUAUCAUUGCUUGGAAUUUUGACGUUGGGAACGGUUCUUAUUACUUGUUUGCAAGUAAAAGUGCUUCGUUAACAGUUACCGACCGUGGGAUUGAAGGCUAUGAUGUGAAGAUACAACUUGAAAAGAACCAGAGUGGACUGCCAACAAAUGUCACUGAAAAAUUUCCCCAUAUCAGAGGUUACGCUGCAUUUAGAGCUCCUGACUCACUGGAUGUCAAAAGUUUGUUGAAGUGCCAAUUAGCAGUUGCUGCUUUCAGUGCUGAUGGAACUUGCAGAAAUGCUACUGGAUUGCAGCUACCUGGUGUUAUCGAUGAAUUAUAUUCGUAUGAUGGCCCUCUGGGUGCUGUUUUCUCUGAAGACUCCAUAUCACUCAACCUUUGGGCUCCUACUGCUCAAUCAGUUUGUGCUAGCAUUUAUAAGGACCCAUCUGGUGGUGAGCCGCUACAAACUGUCCAGCUGACUGAGUCAAAUGGCAUUUGGAGCGCUGUUGGGCCAAAAACUUGGGACGGAUGUUACUAUGUGUAUGAAGUAAAUGUCUACCACCAUACCACUUCAAAAAUUGAAAAAUGCUUUGCAAAUGAUCCAUAUGCUAGAGGGAUUUCGGCAGAUGGAAAACGGACAUUGAUUGUUGACUUAAACUCUGAAUCUCUGAAACCUGAAGGAUGGGAGAAUUUAGUUAAUGAGAAACCUCAUCUUCUUUCACCAUCUGACAUCAGUAUCUAUGAGCUACAUAUAAGAGAUUUCAGUGCUAAUGAUCUUACUGUGCACCCUGAACUUCGUGGUGGAUAUCUUUCUUUUACCUCACAGGACUCCGAUGGUAUUCUUCAUUUGAAAAAAUUAUCUGCUGCUGGUCUUACUCAUGUGCAUCUGUUACCGAGCUUCCAAUUUGCUGAAGUUGAUGAUGAUAAAAAGAACUGGAAAUCUGUUGAUACAGAUUCCUUAGAGAAACUACCACCUGAUUCAGAAGAGCAACAAGCUCGAAUAACUGCCAUUCGGGAUGAGGAUGGAUAUAACUGGGGGUAUAACCCUGUUUUGUGGGGAACUCCUAAGGGAAGCUAUGCAACAAACCCGAAUGGCCCGUGUCGUAUAAUUGAGUUCAGAAAGAUGGUCCAGGCAUUAAAUCAUAUUGGGCUUCGCGUCGUGUUGGAUGUUGUCUAUAACCAUUUAAACAGUAGUGGGCCGUCUGAUGUUAAUUCAGUCCUGGACAAGAUUGUACCAGGUUACUUCUUAAGAAGGGAUGCUGAUGGUUCUAUAGAGAGUAGCACAUGCAUGAACGACACAGCUAGUGAGCAUUACAUGGUUGAACGCUUCAUUUUGGAUGAUUUAAAAUCUUGGGCUGUCAAUUAUAAGGUUGAUGGUUUCAGAUUUGAUCUUAUGGGCCACAUAAUGAAACAUACAAUGGUUAAAGCAACAAGUAUGCUCCAAGGCCUUUCAACCAUCAAAGAUGGAGUAGAAGGUUCAAGCAUUUAUUUAUAUGGUGAAGGAUGGGACUUUGGUGAGGUUGCGAACAAUGCACGUGGAGUUAAUGCUUCUCAAUUAAAUCUUGGUGGAACAGGAAUUGGCAGUUUCAAUGAUCGAAUUCGAGAUGCAGUCAUUGGCGGGGGUCCUUUUGGUCCCCCUCUCCAGCAAGGUUUUGUGACUGGAUUGUCUUUACAGCCUAAUGAUCAUGACCAUGGAGGCCAAGCUAAUGCAGAUCGUAUGCUUGCUGUGUCAAAAGAUCACAUUCAGGUUGGGCUGGCUGCAAACUUGAGAGACUUUGUCCUAACAAAUUGCGAUGGCAGACAGGUAAAAGGUUCGGAAGUUUACACCUAUGGUGGGACACCAGUUGGGUACGCUACGGAGCCAAUAGAAACAAUCAACUAUGUCUCUGCGCAUGAUAAUGAAACUCUCUUUGACAUCAUCAGUUUAAAGACCCCUACCUAUAUAUCAGUGGACGAGAGAUGUCGGAUAAAUCAUGUAGCCACCAGUAUUAUUGCGCUUUCACAGGGAAUACCCUUUUUCCAUGCUGGUGAUGAGAUGCUACGCUCAAAGUCCCUUGAUCGUGAUUCUUAUAACUCUGGUGAUUGGUUUAACAGAUUGGACUUUACUUACAACUCCAACAACUGGGGUGUCGGUCUUCCUCCCAAGGAGCACAACGAGAGCAAAUGGCCUUUAAUCAAGCCACGGUUGGCGAAUCCAUCCUACAAGCCUGACAAGAAUCAUAUCGUUGCUGCUGUUGAAAAUUUCACAAAUUUGUUGGAAAUUAGAUACUCUUCACCACUUUUCCGUUUAAAAAGCGCCAAGGAUGUUGAGGAUAGAGUACGCUUCCACAAUAAUGGGCCUUCUUGGGUUCCGGGGCUUGUAGUUAUGAGCAUCGAAGACAGUCAUGCUGGUGCUCCUGGAUUGUCACAAUUAGAUCCCAAGUAUCAAUACAUUGCUGUUAUUAUCAAUGUUCGCCCUACUGAAACCAAAUUCAGUAGCCCUGAUCUGCGAUCCAAAUCCCUACAGCUGCAUCCUGUCCAGUCGAUGUCGAAGGAUCCAAUUGUUAAGGAGUCAAAGUAUGAUCCUUCUUCGGGAUGUUUUACCAUACCCCCUAAGACAACUGCAGUGUUCGUUGAGCCACGCCAUGGUUAAGUCCCACUUUGAGCCUCGAGGUUGUCCUAUACGAUAUCUACAUAUGGUUUUUUCUUUCUGCAUGAUUCGAUAUGAAUAAGUAACGCCAAUUGAGAUACCAAGACAUUAUAGUAUACAGUUCUAGCACAAAUAAGUACUCUACGAAUCGAGCAUUGGGCCAGCUCAAGUGAUUCGAGCUACUCUUCCAAAUCUCCGAGGUCAAAUUUUCGAGUAAAACUCAAUCAAGUAAUAAGAAAAAUAAAACACUUAGAAUGUUAUGUAUGAAUUAAGAUUUUCUGUAUUUGCUUUUGCUAUUACUAAUCAAUAAAAAAAGUUUGUUGAGUUCCUUAAA